AUGCGCUUCUCAACGAAUCAACUUCGGAAACGCUCAUCGGGUGCUCAUGUUCUGUGUUUAUGUUACCCGAAGAGCAUACUCCUCAUGUUUGCCAAUUUGUGUAAAGGUCCGGCGUCCGCUGCUGUUUCUCAUGGUAUGGGGCUGUGCUUCCCGAAGUGGACAUCCCCUGAGUUCGCAAAUCGGCAUCCUCGCAACCUGGUCCCUUGA